GUUCUUAUCGACCUCUGCAACUAUUUGGAGGCAGGACUUCGGAGCCACACACAUCGGUCCAACCCUGUCCCCCGCAUGUGCAGGUUCUAUCGACCCUCUGGUUUUUGGCCACUGGAUCCUUUCAACGGGAGCUGGGGGACAGGAUGGGCAUCUCACAGCCGUCCAUCAGUCGCGCUCUCCCUCGAGUUGUGGAUGCAAUUAAUCAACUGGCUACACAAUACAUAGAAUUUCCAUACACAGCAGAAGAGCAAGUCACAGUCAAGAGGGGAUUUCAUCUUGUUGCUGGACUCCCUAACACCAUUGGCGCAAUAGACUGCACCCACGUGCGCAUCAAGGCACCCUCUCCAGACUCUUUUCCAUACCUCAACCACAAGCAAUAUCACUCAGUAAAUUUACAACUCAUUUGCGGCUCAAAUAUCCACCUGCUGAACGUAGUCUCUCGGUUCCCAGGAGGAGCACACGAUUCCUAUGUUUUUCAAAACAGCUCCGUGGGAACACGCCUUGAACAAGGAGCAGCUGAUGACGCAUGGUUCAUUGGUGAUCGAGGAAAUGCCCUGGCCCCCUGGUUUAAUGACACCACUGACAAACCCUCAGACUCCUCGGGAGGUGUCAUAUAAUCAGAUGCAUGCACGCACUCGCUCCACCAUCGAACGCACUAUCGGCAUUUUAAAGCGACGCUGGAUGUGUUUGGACACAGCAGGUGGCAAAUUGCUGUACAAACGGAGAAGCUGGUGCAGCAAAAACAUGGGCAAGGCGGGGAGUAAAGUCCUGAGACAAACCUCAGUGGACGGGGUACAAGCCCAGCCAAGUCCUGCUGCGGCUCCUCCUGCUCCAGUUUCCGUUAAAUUCGAAGGACUCACCAAAACCAACAAGAUGAAGGUGAAGUGGACCCAGCUGGGUCUGGUCUUCUUCCUGGUCUUAUCUCUGGUGAUGACAGGAUGCUUCCUCUGGCAAUAUCAGUUGCCAAAGCUGCUGCCAGAUGACGUGAUGGGCCGCAAUGCCAAAGCGGAGAUGAUGUGUCCUCGUUUCCCCGAGCCUCUGCAGCUGGAGCACCCCAUCCCCAGCCUGAAGGAGGCCCUGGAGAAGGUGGACACUUUGCUUCGGCAGAGCAUCAACCCCAUCAGCCUUCCCUCUCUGUCGGCCAUCGUGAUCCUAAACGACACAGUCCUGUGGACCGGGAACUUUGGGAAAAGGAAUGCCAGUGACCCACUCUCAGGAGCCCCCAAUGAGUACACAAUAUACAGAAUUGCAAGCCUGUCAAAGAUCUUCCCCACACUGAUGCUGUACAAGCUGUGGGAGGACGGGAAGAUCGGCUCCCUGGAUGACCCUCUGGAGAAAUACGUGGAGAACUUCACCAUCAAGAAUCCUCUGGGGAAGACGAGAGACUCCGAGCUGAAGUACGUGACAGAUGGCCUGAUAUUUCUGGACAGCGGGGAGGUUCAGAUCCGCUCCUCCUCAGUCACUCUGCGCAGGAUGGCGAGCCAGCUCUCAGGCUUGCCCAGGAGACUCCGAGCCACGAGUCUGCUCUGGAAAGGAAAAACGCAAUCUGCAAUCAAUCUGUUGCAAGACGACGUCCUCGUGGCAGACCCAGGCACCAAAUGUCACUACAGCAACCUGGCCUUCUCUCUGCUGGCUCACGUGAUGGCCGAGCGAGUGGUGGCCGUCGACUACCAGCGCUGGAUCACGGACAACAUCCUGGACCGGCUGGGGAUGGAGGACACCGGGUUCGACAUCACCCCGGGGCUCCAGGGCCAGAUGGCCGUGGGGGUUUACUCCAACGGGAAGCCGGCCCCGCUCUACGACCUGGGCUGGUACCGGCCCUCGGGUCAGAUGUUCUCCACGGCCGCUGACUUGGCCAAGCUCGCCAUGAUGCUGCUGGGAGCCUAUCACCGCAAGAUGCUGGAGCCGGACUCGCUGAAGAUCAUGCUGACCCCGCUCUUCAGGUGCGACAAGGACUACUUUGCCAACCGUACUGGGACGCCGUGGGAGGUGAACGAGCUCAGGGGCUAUGAGAUGGUGCGUAAAGAUGGCGAUCUGGACGGCUACUCUGCCACGUUCUCCCUGGUGCCCAGACUGAAGCUCGGUCUGGUGGUGCUCAUGGCUGGCAGCCGGUCUCAGAACCAGGACGUGGUCACCAAGGCCUACAAUCACAUCAUACCAGCCAUAGAAAAAGCCUUCAGGGAGGCAAAGAAGAUCCUUUACCCUCCGCCAAACCCAGAACCUUACGUCGGCUUCUUCACCUACAGCAACAUCACCUUCUACGAGAUCAAAGUUGCACCAGACGGCGUCCUCGUCAUGCAGCAGUUCGGGCCUCAGAUUGAAGAGCUGAUCCCAGAGAAGUACAGGACAAUAAAGCUCAACUACCUUGUCGACCGGGUCUUCAGAGUGGUUUUUGAAAAAGAGUACCCGUGUGUUUUGCGAGUCGGCACGGCCUCGGUGUCCUUAGAAGCCCAAGAUGGCCAACUGUUUAACUUCUACACGUUCGACAAACGCGGUUUGUCUCCUGGUUUCGACGCGCCAGGACUGAACACGUACAAUGUGGUGAGAAUAGCCCGCAGGCCGUCUUUCUCCAGCUGAACUGCCUAAAGACAGCUGCUGUGUCCUUGGGAUGUGUGAAAGACUAUAAACAAAAAAAGGAGGCUGUGAAUAUUGAAAGACCUAAUGGAAACUCUCAUUUUGGCGGUCAAAUUGGGGCGGCGACAUGUUCUCGCCCAGAAAAUGAAUUACUGUUUCCGUUGAGUGAUGUAUAUGACUGUCCUUCAUUAUGGAUCCCAGAUGAACAAUCACAUUAUGGUGAUGCAGUGCAUGUGUUUCUCUUGCCUUCAUUUAAACCGCAGUCUCAUCGUCUUUGUCUCUUCCCUCCUCGAGUUUUUAAUGAGAGAGAGAGCAGCUAAAAACUCACACCUAUUGUGCUCAAUUACAUAAACAUUUACAUAGAUUUUCAUUUUCAAUUCUCGGGCCACGACUGCAAUUCCAUGAACUAAUCUGCUCAUACAUAUUCAACCUAAAUUUGUUCAGGGAAAAACAUUUCUUUGUUGCUAUAAACUAUGUUUGUGGCAGGUAGCAUCAGGACACGUUCAUGACUCCCAGGAAUAUAGAUUACUUUCUUUUUUUUAAUGCGGAUGUUGCCACGGGGACAUAACGGCUGAUUAAAUGUCAAGAAUUAUGCAUAAAAGAUGCAAAACAUCUCUGCUCCCUUCAUAAGAGGCGAUUAAGGACAGAGAGGCUUUUGGUUGCCCGUGUGACUCUUUCCUGUUUAAUCCCUAAAAAUGGACUCCGGACCUCUAACACCAAUAUGAAUAAUACACGGCUCUGACUGCUGCAGGAAAAUGACAGAUUUAAGCGUAUACGAAAAUAACUCUUGUGUGACAAAGGCUGAUGUUUUACCUUUUUAUAUUAGAGCGGAGAUGUGCUGGAAAUGGAAACGGAUAAUGGAAAUGUCGCUUUGUCUUGCAGCACCAGGUGCAAUGAGCAAAAUCGAGGGAAUGAAUGAAGAAAUAAAUCUGCUGUAUCCACUUUAUCCGGCUGUGGAUGGAAAUGUUGAAACUGGCAUUCAGCUAUGUAAUGUAAUGUUGUCACAGCCUACAGAGUAAAGCUUAUACUGAUUGAUGGUGCGAGUAAAAAAUCAUUUUGGGUCAUGCAGUAUUGCCUACAAAGAAACAAUACC